GAAGCCGCGCGCUUCAGUCGCCAGCUUCGGGAAAAUACAAGUUAGUCGAAUCAGUUCGCGUGCGCACGCGGUGUGUGGUGUUUCUUCUCGCGGAUAAUUCAGAGAACGGUGUACCGGCAAGGCUUUGUGUCAAUCCUUUCUCCGUAGAUAGGAAAGCGCUUCAACAAGCUGCGUCCCGUCACGCGACACCGGAUUGUUUAAUCGUGAGGAGAACGAUGGCCGCGUGCGUCAGUGAACAGGUAUCCCCGAACGCCGCGAGAAAGCCCAGGUUGACGACGGCCGCGACUACCGCCACCACCACCACCACCACCACUACCACUACCGUCACCGGCAAGCCUACGUGCUGGCAGCACCGGCUGUUCGGCAAGCAACUUGUGCGUUGCAGCCAGGUAAACGACAGAAUGUCGAUAGACUCGGCAGCCGCGUCCCUCGUACACGAGGAUGGCCGGCCCGCUUGCGAGAUCAUCGGCAUGUACUUUAGCUUUGUGAAUCCGGACGCGAGCUGCGACGAUUUCACGCGUCAGCUGGCCGACUUGUACGCGAGCGUAAACGGCGCGCAAACAACAGGCAACAACGCCGGUGACGAGAAGAAGAAGAGAUUCGAGGUCGUCCACGUGGUGCUCUGGAGCAACAUGAACGACAUGCUCGAUUUCGAGGCGAGUUUCCGCGCCCACGUAGCCGAUCUGCCCUGGCUCGCGGUACCAAACCGUGAUUACGAAAGAAAGACCAGGCUAAUUCGAAGAUAUCGGAUAAAGACUAAUGUACCGACGCUGAUACUACUCGAAGGAUCUAACGGGUCUAUAGUAACAAGAGGCGGUGUUGAACGAACCAUUGCUGAUCCCACCGGCGUGGAAUUUCCUUGGAGACCGCCACAUCCGAAAGCCGCCCUCGAAGACGGACCUCUUCUGCCAUGUGGUGCCCGGGGUAGCAACGAGCCUAUGUUACACGAAGAACUCCGUCACUGUUUCAAAGGAGUUUAUUUUAGUGCACACUGGUGUCCACCCUGUAAAGCAUUUACCCCGCAACUCGUAGAUACGUAUCAACGAAUCCGAGAGAGAGGUCACUAUUUUGAAGUAAUUUUCGUAAGUUCAGAUAGGAGCGAAGAGUCCUAUAAUGCGUACACGGAAACAAUGCCGUGGUUGAGGAUACCAUUCAGUCAGGAGGAAAGACGCCAAAAAUUGACAAGGGCUCUCGACGUUCAAGCAAUACCGACUCUGGUGAUUCUGGAUCCUCGCGAUAACAUAAUCACUCUGAACGGUCGCGGCGAAUUGGUCGAAGAUCCAGAAGGACUGAACUUUCCCUGGACAAGUAGACUGGUGAAUAUUUUAACAGAAAAGUACGCCACGUCGUUACACGAUGCUCCGGCUAUUAUCUUGUUUGUUGAGGGAGAGGACUGCGAAAUUCAGUUCGCAGAAAGCGUAUUACUGCCAGCUGCACAAGCGUACAGAAGGGAUCAGCCCGAUUAUGAUCCAAAUUACGACGAUCCUGAUGAUGAUGUAUUGCAGUUUUACAUAGCUUUGGACUGCGAGACAUCUGACAUUCUCCGGGAAUUCAUUGGUUUGGAUGACGCAGUACCUCUUUUGACUGCCAUCGACAUUCCACGGGGGAUUUAUGUGGUGAUGGAAGACGGCGCCGAGAUUACCGUGGACUCUGUGCAACAGUUUGUCGAUAGAUUUCUCGACAACAAACUGCCGAUAAAUAAAAUAGCAACAGUGCAUAAAACGUCAAAAGUAAGCGAACAAGUGCCGGCCUAAAAAAAAUUAUUGAACGUUAAUAGAAAUCAAAUUUGUAGCCAAACGCGAUCAGUGUGUGAAAACUGUUUUUUCUAUUUAACAAUUUUACCCAAAUAGAGUUUUUGCAUACUGACGUUUAUGGCUCUUAAUAAGCAUUUUAUUCACGUGUUCUGGAUUAUAUAUCGUAGAAUCUUAAAUGUUUUUACAAAAGUUUUACUUGUCAAAUUUGAUAAAAAAUGUGUGCAAUUGA